GAUGUAUCAAACAUGGAAGCUGGUACAGAUAUAUUGCAGCGAAUAAUUGAAGAAAUGGUUAAUGAAGUCAAUCAUUGCGACAUUUUCGGCAAACUUAAUUUUAUGAUCGCUGUACCAGACAAACUGGAUUUUUCCAUCUGUAUACCGGAUUCAGAUUUAAGACCCAUUCCAAUUAUGGACAAACUGCUUGAUUACCAGGACUUUAUGGGAUGGAAAAUAAGACGUACAUUAAGAAUGAAAUAUCCUAAUAUUGAUAACAACCAAGAUUUUAAAAGCUUAGAUUUGACAGCCCUUGCACAAGAUAGAAGAGAUCAUACUGGACCAGCUUUAAAGAAUAUAAUCAUUCGGAUAUUAGAUGAACCUGUUCAGGGUAUACCGGAUGAUAUCGCUUUGAAAAGGGUGUGUAAUUUGAUAGGAUUACAUGAGUGCACAAUUUUCAGCAUCAUAUAUAACAAAAAUUCAGAUUGACUUAACUAAUCUUACUUGUACCCUAUCGAACGGAUAUACAGACAAAAUAUACAGAAAAAAUGGCGUUUGGGGACAAAUUAGCGAAAACGGUACAGUACUACAACGACUAAAGGACCAGUUGGUAUAAUUUAAAACAAAAUCAAUGGUAUAACUCAUCUAAAAUUAUAUAACACCAUUAUUGUUGUAUUGACAUAAUAUUUUCAAUAAGCACUAAUAUCCUAUUUAAUAUUGCACUAAUAAUUGUCAAAUAAUAAUUUAACGUAUUCCACAAUAAACAAUUUU